AUGUGCUCUAUGUGUUCUCAAUUGAUGCGCUCAAGGAACCCGCUGACUCGAGAGGAAGGCGGUCGUUACCACGUAUGCGUGAUCGUGUCACCCAACAUGUUCGAUGGCCGAUGCACUCGAUCCCACUGGGUUAAUUUGUUUCGUCUGCGGAGACCAAAGACAAACGCCAGAAGCUUCGUGAUUUCCCUGUUUGACGCCACACGCUUGUGGUCGCUUGGAGCUCGUCAGAUCGCCGACAUCAGAGCUAAUCCGAAGCUGGUCUCUCUGGGGGUCAAAUCUGGGAUCGCAGCUACACUAGCCGCCGUGGUUUGCGUUCUUGAGGAUCCCAUUCCAGACCUAUCAGAGAUAGGAAUAUGGGCUGUGGUGACAGUGGACCUCGUGUUCGAGCCUACGGUCGGAUCGUCGCUAGGCAAAGGCGUCAACAGAACGGCUGGUACACUCUUGGCAGCCGUUCUCGCAUUUGGUGUCAACCACGCCACACCUCACCUUGGAGAUGUGAAGCCUCUCUUUCUGGCGAUACUUGUUUUCUUGGGCAGCGUGAUUCCGACCUACUACAGAUAUCGGCCGCCGUUCAAGGAUACGUGGAGCUAUUCCUUUCUCAUGAUGUCUCUCACCUUUCACAUCUUGAUACUAUCGGGUUACCGCCAUGAGGAGAAAUUCUAUUAUCCCUUGGCACGAUUGGUGAUGAUCAUGUUGGGGUUCACAAGUGUUGGACUGGUUCACAUCUUCAUUCUGCCAACCUAUUCUGGAGACCUCCUCCACAAACUUGUUGUCAGUAGACUGAGAUUAGUUGCAACCGAGCUGGACAGGUGUGGGGAAAACUGCGUUCUGGAAAACAGUUCUACAGGCAGUGUAAUGACGGUUUGCAGCGACAUCCUUUUCUGCCAAGCUGAUGUAGUCAAACAUCUAUCGGCAAUCCAAUUUGAGCCGCCACAUGGAAAGUUUUUCCACGGGUACCCCUGGAAGGCUUAUUGUCAAGUUCUGGCCAGCCUUCAGAACUUAGCUCUCACCGUUAUUACCAUGGAUUCAAGUAGGCAUGCUGUUUUUCAAGGAUAUACCUCUCUGGAGCAGGAUCUGGGAGCGGAGAUGAGGAACCUGCUGCAUGAGUGUUCAAGGGUUGUAAUGAUGCUAGCUGUGUCCAUGGAGAAUUUUAUCUGGGACGGAAGACCAGCGUUGGCUCUUCUGCACACCCAGAAUGACUUGCUGAAGGAAAAGGCUCUACACAGCUUGCAGCUGCUCGUACAUCUCAAGGCAGUAGCGGAAGUUGAAAGUGCGUGUGACACCCCAUGCUCUUGCUCACACAUGAGCGUGAGCCCAACUGCAUGGACCACCGAUUUCAAGGUGAUGGAGGGUUUACUCUCUCCACGCUAUAGUACUCGCAUGGAGCAUCUGCGACAAGCCAAGUGUUUGCACGGGUCCAAAAGUGGAGGACAUGGCCAGCAGUUGUAG